AAAAAAAAAAAAAAAAAAAAAAAAAAGAGUCUGGCUCUGUUGCCCAGGCUGGAGUGCAGUGGCGCGAUCUUGGCGCAUCACAAUCCCUUCCCCGCCCGCCCCCGGGUUCAAGUGAUUCUCCUGUCUCAGCCGCCGGAGUAGCUGGGACUACAGGCGCGUGCCACCAUGUCUGACUAAAUUUGUAUUUUUACUAGAGACGGAGUUUCACUAUGUUGGCCAGGCUGGUCUCCAACUCCUGAUCUCGUGAUCCGUCUGCCCCGACCUCCCAAAGUGCUAGGAUUAUAGGCAUAAGCCGCCACGCCCGGCCUCUUUUUUUUCUUUUCCUUUUUUUAAUCUGGAGACUGAGUUUUGCACUUGUGGCCCAGGCUGGAGUGCAAUGGUGCGAUCUCAGCUCACUGCAAUCUCCACCUCAGCAGGAGAGCAGGAAUCUUCAGUGAUCCACGGGCAGAUCUGCCGCCACUGUGGGCGCCUGUUCCUCCCGCGACCUUUGUGCCCGCCUCUCUCCUUCCAGUACCUAUUGCAUGACCCCCCACGUCCGCCUCCCGCCAUUGCCAGCAAGUGCCUCGCGCGGGUACCUGGCUGCGCUUAUUAAUCCGUUAAGCUCGCUCUGUCACGGGCGCCAUGAUGUGCUCACGCGCCCGCUCCCUCAGGUUUAAAAGGCGCGUUGCCCGGCAACAGAAGAAACUGCUGGCUUAGCCUUUGGCCGAGUUGGCGGCUGGACGAGGACGCUCAGAGCCCAGCUCUCGAGAGUUCAAGCAACCGACGGUUCCCCACUGCUCCCAGGAGCGGCUACCUGGGCACUCUGUGCCCCUCCUUCCUGUUCGGGCCCAGGCCGAGGACCUGCCAGUAGGGCUCAGUUGCCUGGAGCCCGUUCAGCCCAUCCCCCAGUUCACUUUGCUUGUGGGAUCUCCCCGUUGCUCCUGCCCGUGGACUGAGUGGCAGGCCAUCCUACAAGCACCCGGACACUUGACAUCAGUGGUGUCAAGACAACGCUAAGAAGGUUUUCCGUGAUCCUGCAAGCCCUGCGUUCCUUCCUGGGAUCCUGCCUUCAAUUUGAUUGCACAGGUACCACAGCAAGCCAGUGCUGUGUGCUCCGAGUUCCAGGGCGUCCUCCAGCUCAGCCACUGCACUGAGAACAUGGACUCUCUGUGGGGCCCAGGAGCCGGGAGUCACCCCUUUGGGGUCCACAACACCCGGCUGUCCCCAGACUUGUGUCCAGGGAAGAUAGUGUUGAGGGCCCUCAAGGAGAGUGGGGCAGGGAUGCCUGAGCAGGACAAGGACCCUAGAGUCCAAGAGAAUCCUGGUGAUCAGAGAAGGGUCCCCGAGGUCACCGGGGAUGCACGGUCUACAUUUCAGCCCCUGCGGGACAAUGGAGGCCUCUCUCCCUUUGUGCCCAGGCCCGGGCCUCUGCAGACAGACCUCCAUGCCCAGAGGUCAGAAAUCAGAUAUAAGCAGACAUCCCAGACCUCCUGGACGAGCUCCUGCACCAACCGAAAUGCCAUCUCCAGCUCCUACAGCUCCACGGGAGGCUUGCCGGGGCUAAAGCGGAGGAGGGGGCCAGCCUCAUCCCACUGCCAGCUGACCCUCAGUUCCUCAAAGACAGUGAGUGAGGACAGGCCUCAGGCUGUCUCUUCAGGUCACACCCAGUGUGAAAAGGCAGCAGAUAUAGCACCAGGGCAGACACUCGCCCUCAGGAAUGACUCCUCCACAUCUGAGGCCUCUAGGCCCAGUACACACAAGUUUCCCCUGCUGCCACGCAGGCGAGGGGAGCCUUUGAUGCUGCCACCUCCCUUAGAGCUGGGGUACCGGGUCACUGUUGAAGACCUGGACCGGGAGAAGGAGGCGGCCUUCCAGCGCAUCAACAGUGCACUGCAGGUUGAGGACAAGGCCAUCUCGGACUGCAGACCCUCACGGCCUUCCCACACUUUGUCCUCACUUGCAACAGGGGCUUCUGGUCUGCCUGCCGUUUCUAAAGCACCCAGUAUGGAUGCACAGCAGGAGACACACAAGUCCCAAGACUGCCUGGGCCUACUGGCCCCCUUAGCAUCUGCUGCAGAGGUCCCCUCUACAGCUCCCAUGUCUGGGAAGAAGCACAGACCACCAGGCCCCCUGUUCUCCUCCUCAGAUCCCCUUCCUGCCACCUCUUCCCAUUCCCAGGACUCAGCCCAGGUCACCUCGCUGAUUCCUGCCCCCUUCCCAGCUGCAAGCAUGGAUGCGGGCAUGAGAAGAACAAGGCGUGGCACUUCUGCUCCUGCAGCUGCCGCAGCAGCCCCUCCCCCCUCCACACUGAACCCCACGUUGGGGUCACUACUGGAGUGGAUGGAGGGCCUUCACAUUUCUGGGCCUCAGCCACAGCUGCAGCAGGUGCCCAGAGGUCAGAACCAGAGAUCCCAGACCUCCUGGACCAGCUCGUGCCCCAAACGAAAGGCCAUCUCGAGCCCCUACAGCUCUACGGGAGGCCUCCCGGAACUAAAGCGGAAGAGGGGCCAGCCUCAUCCCACUGCCAGCUGACCCUCAGUUCCUGAAACACACUGAGUGACGGCGGACCUCAGGCUGUCUCUUCGGGUCACACCCAGUGUGAAAAGACGGCAGAUACAGCACCAGGGCAGACACUCGCCCCCAGGGGUGGCUCCCGCAGAUCCCAGGCCUCUAGGCCCCGUAGAUGCAAGUUUCCUCUGCUGCCACGCAGGCGAGGGGAGCCUUUGAUGCUGCCACCUCCCUUAGAGAUGGGGUACCGGGUCACUGCUGAAGACCUGGACCGGGAGAAGGAGGCGGCCUUCCAGCGCAUCAACAGUGCACUGCAGGUUGAGGACAAGGCCAUCUCGGACUGCAGACCCUCACGGCCUUCCCACACUUUGUCCUCACUUGCAACAGGGGCUUCUGGUCUGCCUGCCGUUUCUAAAGCACCCAGUAUGGAUGCACAGCAGGAGACACACAAGUCCCAAGACUGCCUGGGCCUAGUGGCCCCCCUGCAUCUGCUGCACAGGCCUGUAGUCCCAGCUACUUGGGAGGCUGAGGCAGGAGAACGGCAUAAACCCGGGAGGCAGAGCUUGCAGUGAGCUGAGAUCGCGCCACUGCACUCCAGCCUGGGUGACAGGGCCAUACUCCGUCUCAAAGAAAAAGAAAAAAAGUUCUUGUGACAUUUGUGUAUGAAAUCAGCCUUCACUACAUGGAUAGGACCAGCACGCUUCCGCGGCACGACUCUGCAAUCUUACUACAUUUUUUUUAUUUUGUAUUUUUUUUAUUCCUUUUGAGACAGUCUCACUCUGUCACCCAGGCUGAAGUGCAGCCGAGAUCUCGGCUCACUGCAACCUCCACCUCUUGGGUUCAAGCAAUUCUCCUGUCUCAGCCUCCCAAGUAGCUGGGACUACAGGCACACGUCAAAACGCCUGGCUAAUUUUUGUAUUUUUAGUAGAGAUGGAGUUUUGCCAUAUUGGUCAGGCUGGUCUCGAACUCCUGACCUCAGGUGAUCGACCUGUCUUAGCCUCCCGAACUGCUAGGAUUACAGGUGUAUGUUUAUUUAUUUAUUUAAGAUGGAAUCUUGCUCUGUAUUUAUUAAUUUAUUUAUUUGAGAUGGAGUCUUGCUCCAUCGCCCAGGCUAGAGUGCAGUGGUGCAAUCUCGGCUCCCUGCAACCUCUGACUUCCAGUUUCAAGUGAUUCUCCUGCCUCAGUGUCCCAAGUAGCUGGGAUUACAGGUGCCUGCCACCACAGCUGGCUAAUUUUUGUAUUUUUAGUAGAGACAGUGUUUCACCAUCUUGGCCAGGCUGGUCUCGGGUUCCUGACCUCAUGAACCACUGCCUCAGCCUCCCAAAGUGUUGGGACUACAGGCCUAAGGCACCAUGCUCGGCCAUAUUUAUUUAUUUAAUUAUUUAGAGACAAAGUCUUGCUCUGUCACCCAGGCUGGAGUGCAGUGGCGCCAUCUCAGCUCACUGGAGCCUCCGCCUCCGAGGUUUAAGCGAUUCUCAUGCCUCAGCCUCCUGAGUAACUGGGACUACAGGUACUCACCACCAUGCAGGGAUAUUUUUUUCUAUUUUUUUUAGAGACACGGUUUCACCAUGUUGGCCAGGCUGGUCUCGAACUCCUGACCUUAGGUGAUCUGACAGCCUCGUCCUCUCAAAGUACUGGGAUUACAGGCAUGAGCCACUGUGCCCGGCCUCUCACUACAUUUAAGUGACGCCAUGGCUCAUGCCUGUAAUCCUGGCACUUUGGGAGGCCAAGGCAGGUGGAUCACUUGAGGUCAGGAGUUCGACACGAGCCUGGCCAACAUGGGGAAACCCCGUCUCUAGUAAAAAUGCACAAAUUAGUCAGGCGUGGUGGUACAAGCCUGUAGGCCUAGAUACUUGGAAGGCUGAGGCAGGAGAAUCACUUUAACUGGGAGGCAGAGGUUGCAGUGAGCCAAUAUCAUGCCACUGCACUCCAGCUUGGGUGACAGAGUGAGACACCGUCUCAAAAAAAAAAAAAAAAGAAAAUAGAAAAACAUAUGAUGCCGGGGCAUCUCGGCCUCAAUACCUGCAUGAGCACAGUCAUGUCCAGGCCAGGGCUGCUGGUCGAGGUCCGGCCCCAUCUCUUUCAGCAGAAAGGUAGUAAGCUUGCAGGGAGGCUGGGGGACAAGAUCCCAGGAUCUCAGCCUCCGCUUAUGGAUCAGCUCUGAGACCCCGAGUGAGCUGGGGGUGCUCUGUGCGCAUUGGUUUCCCCAGCUGUCAAGUAAAGGGAUUGGAUGAGGAAGUCUUGUCAAAGUGGAAUGAUCUCAGAUUUGGGGCAGCAGUGAAUGAUCCCGCUCCCUGGGCCAUGCCAGUGGCCCGGCCUUGGCUGAACACAGCCCCAACACUCUGGAAUGGGGAUGAGGGGGCAGUCAGCUCUUGCUCCUAGUAAGAGAGAUGCAAUAGGGCUCUGUGGCUGAGCUGGGUGCCUUGCCUCACACCUGUAAUCCCAACCUUUGAGAGGCCGAGGUGGGAGGAUUGCUUGAGGCCGGGAAUUUUGAGAAUAGCCUGGACAACAUAGCCAGACCCCAUGUCUACAAAAUAAUAAUAAAACACACAGCUAUAGUCCAAGCUACUUGGCAGGCUGAGGCAGGAAGGUCCCUUGAGUCCGGGAAUUGGAGGCUGCAUUGAGCUAUAAUCGCACCACUGCACUCCAGCUUGGGUGACAAAGUGAGACCCUGUCUCUAAAAGAAAAAAAAAUUGGCCUGUGAGCAUGGGUUUGAUUUUCAAACAGGACCCGGAGGGUAGGGACAGACAGUGCUGUCACCCUUAGGUGCUGAACACUCAGAAACGGGCCAGCGGCAGCCCUUCCCUCACCUGCAGACACCAGAUUGGGCAGAACAGCACGUGGCACUUGCAGCUCUUGCAGUGAGGGCAGAACCCAGUGUCAACCCUUCUGCCUGUGGGAGGGGCUGCUGAGGCCUGCGGAGAGGCCAGGGUGGAGGCUCGUCCCCUUGUCCAGCCCUUGGUGUGGUCUCCACCAGGUCCCCAGCCCACCAGUGUAGGGCGCCCCUGAGCCUGCUGCUGCCACGGGCCCUGUCUCUACCCAGGACAUCCCCCCACCCUCGCAGUGUCAGGGAAAUGAUCAUGGUGGUGGUGACACUCUGCAGGCAGGGCUGCUGAGAGAAGCUGAGAAGGGUCACACUGCAGGCAGGGGCCCGUGUGACAAGCCCCUCUCACCCCGAGAGAGCUGACCAGGCAGCUCACGAGCAGAGCCACAUCCCGGGAGUCCGAGAAAGGUUCUGGCUGGGCUCAGCCACCUCAUUGGCCACGGGCAGCCUUUGUCGUGUGAGCCUUGCUCUCCUGGGGAGGCUCAGGCUGACGGCUGAUGUGGGCAUUGCCGAGGGUAACCUGUGGCCCAGUGUAUAUGGCCGGCUCUCCUCAAGCUGCAUUCAUUCAAGUAGGACCCAGGGUGCAUGCCCAUCUCCAGCCCAGGGCAGCUCCCCUGUAAGCUGGGUGAGCUACUGAAGCCAAGGUGGGAGGCAGCUGACAACACCACCCACGGCCCAUGAGGAGGUGGUAGAAAGGCUGGACUCAGCAGGAACACCAAAUCCCGGACCAGGCAGAAACCACCCAAGACUGAGGGGCUCGUGCCAGAGCGGUGGCCACAGAAGGAGAGCCAGGUCCCCCUCCUGGAGAAGGCUGCGUUCCCCAGCCCCACACCGGCUUUGCCACCACACAGGCUUUUGAGGCAGGAGGCGGGUAAGACGUAGCUGUAGACCCAAAGCAACCACCAGCCCUGGGACCCUGCGGGAGAGGAGCACUUUUAGAACAUGGAAAAGUGUGGUCAUCCCAUCAUUAGACAGCACACAUCCUACAUAAAUAAAAAGUCGUAUGGGGAAGGAGGUUGGGGAGGGAAUAAAAAAUUGGCACAGACAUUGAUAGACUGGUUUCCAGUUUCAAGGUAAUAGAUGCACAUCAUGAGACCAGAGGAGGCAGAGACAAGGGCUGGAUUUGGCUUUUCUAAGCAACAUGUGUUCCUGUGCAGGGCUGAAUGGUCGCUGAGACAGAGAUGGAAGCCAGGACAGGGGAGCCCACCGGGCCCAGAUAGGUACAGAGAGCAGAGGCUCCUGUUCUGUCCUCGCCACCCACGAGGGUGACACUGCUUGUAAAUGGUGGCUGUGCUCUCCCCGCAAGAAAAAAGCACAACUAAAUCCACACUGCACACAGACGCAGACAGAAAGCCUUCAAGUGGCUCUGUUUUCUGCUCCCUGCCUUGCCAGGUCCACAAGCAGAGAGGAGUGUCAGGCACAUGGCCCCACUGUCAGGCUCCCCAGUGAGCUGCGGGUUCAGCAGGAGCUGCCCACUGACACACAGGGGACACCCACUCCUCCCACCUUGGGAGCGGUUGCCAGACAGAGCCGCACUGGGUGCUGGUGUCAUCCAGGGACCCCACACACUUCCUUAAAUGUGAUCCUGCUUCCCUCUGGGCAGCUGCAUCCUCUCCUCCUGCAGGACCGUCUGGAAACUUGGCUCUCAGUUUGCUCUCUCUUCUCUCCUCUGCCUGCCCCAAGCCCCUCUUUCUAAAAAAGUGAUGCCAUGUUCAUGGGAUUAUUUCUUGAAAAUACUUGGCGGCCUCCAUGCUUCUGUUUUCUUUGAGCCAGGUGGUCAGGAGGGCUUACAAAGAAUGCCUGGGCUCCCCCGCAGGUGUCGGCAGAUGGGGUAGCGAAUGGUCCUGUGCCUCCACCUGCUCCGGGAGGGAGUCUCCCAUCUCUAGGCCUGGCCCCUUCCUAACCCUCCACGUAUCCUGUUCUCCAGAGACUUCAGAACCCACUCCUGAGAACAGCGGAGCCAGGCGCUUAGAGGAAGACCAAAUGCUGCCAGGACACGGACUGUCCAGGGAUUACAUUCCAGCAUCUUAUUAGAGGACCAAAGCAGAGGGUGCUGUUUCAACGCCACCACCAGGAGAGAGGCAGAGGGGCUGUGCCGUGCUAGAGUCCUCAGGGAGGG